AUGCAUCCGCUGCGCACGACACUCGAUUCUUGGAUCGAUGGGUCCUUUGCGACUUUCGACUACUUCUAUACGCAGUACCUCUUCUCCGCACUAACCAUUCUCGCUGCCUCGAGCCUAUUAGAUAGUCCAGAGAGCCGCAACGACAGGGAGGCUUUUGAGGAGUCGGCUAGGUUUCUCUCGCAGCUCAGAGACGCCGGUAACUUUUCUGCCCAGGAAUACUGCCACCAUGUCGAAUUUCUGCGGGCGGAGCUCGAAAGGUUCUAUGCGAAACGUAUGGGCUUGCCCGAGGCCUCACGGGUGCCUGGGCCAGUUCCUGGGGUCGGGUUUGGGGUCGGUUCGAUGCCUUCACAGUCUGGUCCGACGCUUCCCACGCAGACAACGGCAGGCAUGGCACUUACGGAGCCGUCAUUAGAGGAGCUUUUGGCACAACCGGUCUUGGAUUUGCAGUUCUUGGAAGCAUCUUUCUACGACGACUUACAAGGGCUAUAUUGGCCAGAUUUUAGCACGGAGAACUGGGAUACUUGGGCUGCGACUUGA